AUGGACAAACCACCCACCAUGUCAUCCAACGACAAAGCAAACCUUCCCAAAUUCCUCCAGGCCAUGGAAUCCAUCUAUGGCCCAUUGCCAAAAGCAACCGACCAGAAUCUCUCCAAGUGGGUACCUCCGCCGGCCGCGGAGGGCCAUCGAGGCCGCUAUCUCUGGACCGAUGGGUUUGCCGUCGUCAACUUCCUGACCCUUUAUCAGCUCACCACAGAGAGCCGCUACCUCACAUUCGCCAAGAACCUCAUCACCACUGUCCAUAACAUUCUAGGGUACAUCCGCAACGGCAAAUCGCGCCUCCCUGGCGCAACCGACUCCCACCCCCUCGAUGGCGGCCUUCGAAUCGGCAAACACGACGAAUCCGGCCCAGACGGCGACGGGCAGUACUUUCACUACCUCACCGUGUGGAUGUUUGCUCUGAAUCGCACGAGCCUAGUGAGUGGAGACAGAUGGUACAAUGACCAAGCCAUAUCCAUGGCCAAGGCCAUCCUGCCUCACUUCAUGUCGAACAUGGAAUCAAACCGACCGCGCAUGUUCUGGAAAGUCAGCAUGGAUCUCUCGCAUCCCCUUGUCAUGUCCGAGGGUAACCUCGACCCGGUCGAUGGCUACGUCACGUACAAGCUCCUCCAGUCCACGAAUGCAGACGACCCGGAAAUUCUGAGCGAAGAGGUCUCGCUCUUCAAGAAGAUCGUCGACAAGAAGCUCAGAGACUACGCCUCCACAGACACAUUGGACCUGGGCAUGACGCUGUGGACGGCGCACUGGUUCACGCCCGAGGAGGAGUGGGCAACCCACCUGACGUGCCGGGCGAUCGGCUGCGUCAAAAUGUUGUUGGAGAACGACUACUUCGACCAGCCAUCGCGACGGCGCCUCGCGUUCCGCGAAUUUGGCACCGCGCUCGGCGUCAAGGCCGCGCUCUCCAGCAAGACCGACGAGGGCGGACUGUGCCGCGAGGAUGAGCUUGUCGACGCCGAGUUUCGAGAACUCCCCGACUUGAUCUGUAGGACAUGGGAAGAGGCCGGGCUGGUGCCCGUGCCGACCAAGAAGAUGCAAGGGCGCAUGGCCGAGUUGAUGCCCAUCACGGCCGUCAUGUACGCGACGGCGCUGAUUCCCGGGUUAAUGAAUCAACAGCCAUGA